AUGAGCAUGUCGUCCGUUUCGGAGAAAGAUACCGAGAACCCACAACCAAGAGACGGAAUGGAAACAACAAACCUCUCGGCCUCGUCAACAGGCGCCUGCCGUCCCUCUUCCGAUGCGGUGUCACCCGCCGAGGCUCCAUCGGCCACUUCAAGUUCGACGCAGCCAUACCGCUACCCGAACCCGGGUUAUCUCGGGCUCUCUAGCCAUUCUGCUUUGUUCAGCCAGGUGUUCUCCAGUGACGAGGGCGGUGCCUCCCCUCGACAUGUCCCUCAGCAGUCCUGUCUGGCCUCUCCCAUUGAUUUGAUCGGCAACCAGGGUGUCAUGGACAGGGCCAUGCAUGCUUUAUCCUUUCUAGACCACAUGGACAUCUCCGAGGUCACGCCUCUUCUUCGUUCCUGGCUCGAAAAGGGAGUAAAUCUGCCUUUGGCGGGCCCAAUAGUCUCCGAGUGCCUGUGGUCAGUGGAGCAUUGGAAAAAUGUGUUGACUCCAAACCCCAGUAGUAGAGAAGUCCACCUUUCCGGCCCGGAGAUCACAAGCGCCGGGUGUGUUGCCGCUUUGUUGGCCAACACAUUGAAGCCCCUUGAAAUGAAUUCCAAUUUGACAAAACAUGAGUUUCUUGCUCAAAUGGUCGAAUCCAACCUGAGAUGGGAGACUUUUGGCAUUUUCUUUGCCGCCGCAGCGAGGGCGGCUUACGAUACUCCUUCUUUUCCACCUCUCUAUACAGUCAACGAGCAUCGCAGAAGACUCAUUCAGAGACUGACAUACAUAAGCGAUUGCUGCUUGGACACAAGCCUCGCUCUUGAUUGUUUGAACGACCUUCAGCUGAUCCUCCAAUACGAAAACUUCAUUGUGCACUCCCAGAUCGACGGAGAUGAAAGCUACCACUCUUGGAGACGGAUCGGGGAUCUUUCCAGCUCCCUUUUUGCUUUAGGAUACCACGAGAGUGUUGAAGAAAGCAACCCAAAUGUCCCUUCCUUCGUUGUUGACUUGCGGAAGGCGUGCUUCGCGCGGAUAUACACAGCCGAUAAAAGCCUGGCCGUGUUUCUAGGACGGCCUCCCCGUAUAUCCAAAGAUUACUGUCAUUUCAGGAUGCCACCGAUACCAGAUGGAUGGAUCGACGAUCACCCUCAAAUUGGAGAAUCAUCAUCGCUUCAAUCUCGCAACACAAAUGAUGAUGUUACCGAGGAACUAGAACCCAUUAAUUACACAGCAGAUACACGCGUCACCGAAGACAUCAUGCUGGACUAUCUACAUAUUCUUUUUCUGCUUGGCCUGGUCUCAGAACCGGGACUGUUUGGGCCCAAUGACGAUCUGUUGAUGGUUGCUACUGAAAUGCUGUCAAUCGUGGUGGAAGUCAUUAUUCUUCGUGACCAGUUGGUGAACUCUGGGUCGUGCUUGAUCUGGAAGGUCGCGCAAUACGGACUGCCCGCUGCAGGCGUGAUUUCUCUCGCACUAUUAAAGGCAACCGCAUCGGAUAUGCUUCUACACUCGCGUUCAAAGAUGAUACAAGACCUCAGCGUUCUGGUUGCGGAGAUCAAGACAGGCGCAUGGAUCCAGGCUGGCGAGCCAAACUUCGCUUUGUUCACUCGGGCAACUAGGACAAUACAAGCUUUGCUGGACUCAUUGCUGGCGGCGAGACCGGUGACAGCAGCAACUCAAACGUCAAGAAAUGAACAGGCCGAGAUCUGGGAGCCUUACACUAACCAUCAAGUAUGGGACUUUGAAAUGGAGUUCUGGUCGAACUUAGCAGAGCAUCCCACGCUUCUGGGCUAA